GCCUAUCCACGUUGUGAUCAGCUGUUAUUUGUCAGGACAUGUGUUUUACACAGCCCCUGUGUGAGGGAAGGGUGACAGAGACAUGCGCUGAGUAUGUGCUGCUCUGUACGGAUAACCUUGCUACAUCAAUAGUUUAACCGACAUGGAUGGGGUCGUAAUGAGAUUCAGAUCCAAGUCAUUUGCAUUAAGAAGACGUGAAACAAGUCAGAAAAGUCCACAAAAGGAAUCUAUCAAAAUAUCCUGGAAGGACGAAUUCCGACGUCGCUGCUUAAGUACUCCUGCCUCUGAUUUAUCGGUGAGGAGGGAUGUGUUCAGUCGGCGGCAUUACGGAUCGGUAGAACUGCUGACCACGGUAGAUGGAGAUUCGUCAAGCCAAUGUGCUGGGAGGUUUCGAUUGGAGUCCGGGGAGAGAGAAGGAGAAGAGUCGGUAUCAAGUCCACUCAACAGUCCGAUCCACCUUGAGAAUCCCGAGUUUCACACCCGAUGGUAUUUCAAGUACUUUCUUGGAAAAUUACACCAGAAUUAUGCGGGGAUGGACUCUGAAAAAGAACCCUACCUGCUGUCUGUCAUCGUAACGGAUGCUAACAAUCACAACGUACCUCAAUAUCGUGCAAUUCUGUGGCAGAAGUCGGGGGCGAAAAGAAUCUGCCUUCCGUACAACCCAAACAAACCACAGACUGUGAAAGGUAUUAUCAGUCACUUCGAUAUUUCUCGGAUAGACAAGGUACCCAAAGAACUGUUUGAUCCGGAGAUUCAGAAAGAAUUACUCGUGCUAGAGGAACAGGAGGGUUCAGUGAAUUUCAAAUUCGGAGUGGUGUACGCCGUUGAGGGACAAUCCUGCGAUGACGAGUUCUACAGUAACGAACAGGGAAAUGUGGCUUUUGAAAAUUUUCUUCGGCUUCUUGGAGAAAGAGUAAAGUUAAAAGGAUGGGGAAAAUUCAAGGCUGGUCUGGAUGUAAAAUCCGAUUCCACUGGAGACGAAUCCGUUUAUACAGUAUACGAGGGGCACGAGAUCAUGUUCCACGCAUCAACAUUACUACCACAUUCCAAGGAAAACAAACAACAGGUGGAAAGAAAACGACACAUUGGAAACGAUAUUGUAAAUAUCAUUUUUUAUGAAUGCGAGUCGCCGUCAUCAGCAAGUUUCAAACCAUCGAUGAUGAAAACACGAUUCACACAUAUAUUUGCUUUAGUGACCUACUUCAAAGAAGACAACACAUAUCGUCUCAACGUGUAUUCCGAGGAGUCUGUGCCAUUAUUUGGACCUCCAUUACCAUCACCGCCAGUGUUUUAUGAUCAUCAGGAAUUCAGAGAUUUUCUUCUCGUCAAACUCAUUAACGGAGAGAAAGCAGCAGUAAAUAAUCCUCUUUUCGCCCAGAAAAGGGAGAGAACUCUCGAAAUGUUAAUCAAAAAUAUCUACCAAGACUUCAUGACAGAAUGUAAUAAGUUAUACAGGAGAGCAUUUAGUGACGUCAUACAGGACACACACAGUACCCGCCACAAAGAGGACGCGCGACGGGUCGAAUUUGUCAGAAUUGGACAAACUCUUAAACUCAAAACUAUCAUUAAAGGAGAUGCUCCGACGAGUUUGAUAACAACUGGGAUCCUCAAAAGAGAGCCAUGGGAGCCACAAGAAAUACAUAUGGAUUUCCAGCAUCAUAUAUAUUGUGGUGACUCAUGGGGAGACAAACUGGUGCUCGCGACGGAUGCAGGAACUGUGGUGCUAGAAGAGGGCCUACCGCCUCGGACAAUAUUUGAUAAAACAGUUUUUGUCAAACAACUGACUAUUGUAGAGGCGCAUGGCCUCCUGGUACUAAGAAGUGAAAAAGGUAAAGACAGCAAGGUGCAUGUCUUUAGACUUCUGGAUUUUGAGGGCGAAUAUAACGAACACACUGUUCGGACCAGACUAGACUGUCGUGACCACAGGCUUGACAGAACCAAGGGUUGCCAUAUUUACGCCUUAAGCAGACCUGGAACUAGCCACCUUCGUAUGGUAGUAGCGGUUCAGAGACGUUUACUGUUAUUCACGUGGAAACACUCCGCCGCCUGGUCUGCCUGGUGUCCAACUGUGGAUUUCGAAAUAGCAGAUGGAUUUAGCUUUGUACGGGAACUACACACGGAUGACCUGCCAACGAUAAUCACUCUGAUAGACGGAAAUAAGGAAGACAACCAGAUAUGUGUGGGUUAUAAAAAUCAUUUUGACCUGAUCAAUGAAAAGAAUGGUGAUACGUUGCAGUUGUACCAUGUCGAAGCAAAUAAGGUAAAACUGGUAUCAGCUCUUGAUAUAUACGAGGAUGAGGAGGCGGAACUGCUGCUGUGUUACAAUCAUGUGAGCCAUUUUCAAAAGUUAAGUGAAGAAACGUCACACGAUUUCGACUUUCACUGGAACAGCGAACCGCAGGCAAUCGUUUGUGCCUUUCCUUAUGUCAUGGCUUUUACACAAGACACCAUAGAAAUUCGACUGAUAAUAAACGGUAACUUGGUUCACACCAUGACCGUGCCUGACCUCAGACUGCUCACGUCAAAAUGCGAUAUAUACUUCGCUUCAACUGUCGGACCCGGAGUAUCACCGACAGAGAAAACGAGAGGAGAAAAAGAAAGUGCCUCCUACUCACCACCUCCGUCUCCAUCAGGUAAAAGUCGGACGAACUCGCAAUAUAUUUUUAAGAUUCCGCUAUCGUGCCUUGCUGGGCAGAUGCACACGGACAAAUCGCCCCAUGGAUCUCCGUCAUCACAGUGUGCAACUCUUCUUGCUCCUAUCCUCAAUAAUGGAGAUAAAUCUCCUCUGCAACCGAAACGGAGUCCUCUGCUCCGUACAAAAUGUGUCAACGCCAGUGAUAAGGAGAAGGACCGCCAUGACUCGUCAAGCUCCGAUUCUGGAAUAAACAUUCUUAAACCCAUGGACGGGACAAGUAGUCCACCCCAAAGUCCCUAUCAGAAGUGUGUAGGACAAAUAGAUUUCCAAAAUCAGGAUUUUCUAUGAUACAAUGAGAAACUACAGUGUAUGCUCCAAUUCUCAAGGUACAUUAUGCUGAGAAGUUAUUCCAGUAUGUCAUGCAGGUCUCUGUAAAUGCAUGAUAGUCUCCAGGAUUCCAGUCCAAAAUUACUAGAAAAUACAGAAUUUUCUGUUAACGACUAUAUGUUCAAGUUAACAGAAAGUACAAAAUAUAUCUUAAUGAGUUAUGGCUUAUCGAAAAAGAAAAUGCACAACAUGCGUUAAUAAGUGUCACUUAAGAGACUACAAGGGGUUAGGGUUACAGAAUAUAAUACAUGUUCUAGGUGAAUUUAGGUCCUAAUCACUACAAAUAUCACAUGUCUUAAGAAUUUUAAACCCAAGGUCACGAGAAAAAACCGUAUGCAGGAUUUUAGUCCAAGGUCACAAGAAAAAACAAAAACAUUACAACGGAUCUUUAAAAGUAUUCGGGCAUAAAUCACUAGCAAAAUCACGUUUAUGGAAUUUAGGCCAAAGUCACAACAUGCAACAAGCAUCCUACUGAUGGAAUGGAUAUGGAUACUGAUUGGAAAUGUUAACGUCCAAUGUUCCGGUUAUCACAAAGGAUACACCAUUUACUACAAUAUAUACAUAAUAUGGCGGCAACGUUAUAUGUUCCAGUGAUUGCCCAGGUGUUUCUGGUCACUACAACGGAAACUUGAUAUACCACCAACGUUUAAUGUUUUAGUCAUAACUACGGAUACUUGAUAUACCGCCAAGGUUCAAUGUUCUAGUCACCACUACAAAUACUUCAUAUACCACCAACGUUUAAUGUUUUAGUCACCACUACGGAUACCUGAUAUACCACCAACAUGUAAUUUUCAAGUCACCAUUACGGAUACUUGAUAUACUUCCAAGGUUCAAUGUUCUAGUCACCACUACAAAUACUUCAUAUACCGCCAACGUUUAUUGUUCCAAUCACCACUACGGAUACUUGAUAUAAUGCCAACAUUCAGUGUUCUAGUCACCACUACGGAUUCUUGAUAUACCACCAACAUGUAAUUUUCUAGUCACAAUUACGAACACUUGAUGUUGAUAUACCGCCAACGUUGAGUAUUCUAGUCAUCAUACAAGAUACCUGAUAUACCGCCAACGUUCAGUGCCCAAGUCACCACUACGGAUACUUGAUAUACUGCCAACGUUCAGUGUUCUAGUCACCACUUCGGAUACGUGAUACACCACCAACGUUUAUUGUUCUAGUCAGUCACCACUACAGAUACUUGAUAUACCGCCAACGUUUAUUGUUCUAGUCAUCACUACAAAUACUUCAUAUACCGCCAACGUUUAUUGUUUUAGUCAUCACUACAAAUACUUCAUAUACCGCCAACGUUUAUUUAUUUAGUCACCACUACGGAUACUUGAUACACCGCCAACGUUCAAUGUUCUAAUCAGUCACCACUUCGGAUACUUGAUAUACUGCCAACGUUCAGUGUUCCGGUCACCACUUCGGAUACGUGAUACACCACAAACGUUCAGUGUUCUAGUCAGUCACCACUACGGAUACUUGAUAUACUGCCAACACUUAUUGUUCUAAUCACCACUACAGAUACUUGAUAUACCGCCAACGUUUAUUGUUCUAAUCACCACUACAGAUACUUGAUAUACUGCCAACGUUCAGUGUUCUGGUCACCACUUCGGAUACGUGAUACACCACAAACGUUCAGUGUUCUAGUCAGUCACCACUACAGAUACUUGAUAUACUGCCAACGUUCAGUAUUCUGGUCACCAUUACGGUUACGUGAUACACCACCAACGUUUAUUGUUCUAGUCAGUCACCACUACGGAUACUUGAUAUACUGCCAACGUUCAGUGUUCUAAUCACCACUACAGAUACUUGAUAUACUGCCAACGUUCAGUGUUCUAAUCACCACUACAGAUACUUGAUAUACUGCCAACGUUCAGUGUUCUUAUCACCACUACAGAUACUUGAUAUACCGCCAACGUUUAUUGUUCUAAUCACCACUACAGAUACUUGAUAUACCGCCAACGUUCAGUGUUCUAGUCACCACUAAUGCAGGUUCUGUUUAUUUGAUCAUUGUCGAAAAUUGUUGCUUUGUAAUGGCUGCCAUAUAAAACAGAUUGCGCAGGUGUCUAAAAAUCUAAACAUGUAGUGAUGACAUAAAGGUUACACAACGAGUGGUUGUUGUAUAUAGUAUUUCUUUCACUCGAGUUAGAUUAAAAAAAAAAAAUACUAAAACACGAGCGUGUGUUCUUUUCACAAUAUCAAAUUCGGAAAUGUAUGGAAAUAUUAUAAUUGAUUAGUAGGUUUAUUCUUUCAAAGCAAUACAUUGAUGAAAAAAUAUAUAUUUUAAAGAAUAUAACAGAACAACUGCGAACUACUUCCUGUGUGUUAUCAUUUCCAGGGCAUCGUGAAGCGGCCUUCAAGUGCUAGCCAAUCAAACUACAUUGAACCAUGUGAUUAGAAAAUACUCCCGGUCAAAUGUCACCGUGUCAACCAAUCAAAAUACAUUUUACAGUUUAUUCCAUGUUUGGUAUAAAUUGAAUGUUAUUCAAAAGUUGUAAUGAUUAUUCCAUGCCUUGGGAGUUGAAUAACACCCUUUUAUUAUGGCAGAAAUAUUUUUAUAUACUUUUGCAUAGGUGUAACCCUUUGUAGUGAUGACAUGUUUUGUAUACAAGUGUGUAUGGGUGUAAUCCGUUGUAGUGGUGACGUGUUUUGUAUAUACCCCUGUAUGAGUGUAAUCCUUUUAUAGUGGUGAUGUAUUAUGUAUAUACCCCUAUAUGGGUGUAAUCCGUUGUAGUGGUGACGUGUUUUGUAUAUACCCCUAUAUGGGUGUAAUCCUUUGUAGUGGUGACGUAUUUUGUAUUUACCCCUAUAUGGGUGUAAUCCGUUGUAGUGGUGACGUAUUUUGUAUAUACCCCUAUAUGGGUGUAAUCCUUUUGUAGUGGUGACGUAUUUUAUAUACAUGUGGACAAGUGAAAUCCUUUGCAGUGAUUGGUAUACGUGUGUGUAUAGGUGUUAUCUUUUGUAGUGAUUAUAUUUAUAAAUACAUGUUAACAGGAGAAAACUGCAUUUGCAGCACUGUUCAGAUGUAUUUGAUUAAGCUAAUAGGCCUAGUGGUAACAUCCAUUACAGUUAUCACCAUUGUAUUAGGAGGAAGUAACACAUAAACAUCGCUUGGUGGUGCAGAUUCUUUGUAUUGUUUGUAGUGUUCAGAGGGUUAGGGGAGUGAUCAUGUGGGUGUGUAAAUUUGGCGUUGUUUGUAGUGUUCAGAGGGUUAGGGGAGUGAUCAUGUGGUUGUGUAAAUUUGGCGUUGUUUUACAACAUGCAUCACUAAAACGAUUUCCUGGCAUGUCAUUCUUACGUACAUGUAGAGUGCCUUUGUUGCAGGAGAAUCCAUUUCUGUCCUACAAAUACUUUAAUCAUCUGUAUCUUCAUUCUCUUAUAUAUCAUUAAUAGUGAUUGUUGUGGACUCAGAAUGAAUGAUUUAAGAUAAAUUGAUUAUCGACCAGAAGUCAUUCGUUAUUGCAUCUCAUUUAUGCCUCAUACCGAAGUCUAAUCUAACCUCAUACCGAAGUCUAAUCUAAAAGAGGCGGAACUCGUUUAAAACAAAUUCCCCCACUUCUGGCAAGUUGAGAAUUCCUUUACUUUAAUUUUACCAUCGGGCUUAAAAUAACGUUAACUUUUGAUAUUUCAAGUCUGUGACUUAUUAUUUUGUCCUUUAAAUUCGUUAGAUUCUUUACAUUUGCAAAAUAUUAGAUUGUCUGACCAUAUUGAUAUUGUUGUCGUUGUUGAUGUAAUACGUAUAUCCACAAUUGUUCUAUCUAGUGCCUAUACUGGACCGUUCUGUCCUAGUUACCCUUGAGACCGAUACGUAUGCAACGAACUUCGUCUGUCUCUUCCUUUCUUCGUCUGUUCGUAAAUAGUAUGAACGCAUUUCAAAUGCAGAUAUGAAUGAUCGAUUUUUAUGAUCAUUGAAUUUAAUAGUUGCUCAUCUGAUAUAACUUACAAUGUUGAUUUUUAGCCCUUCUCAUAACAUAUGUCCACAUAUUUUCUUCAUAUCAGUGUGGAUUUUAGUUUUAGCUGUAUCAUCUGUAUAUUGUUGAGAACAGGAUCAUAUGCGGAUCAAUGAUGCCGUAUUAUCUAUUUUAUACCUACCACAACUGAUGAACCGAAAUACAAUAAAUACUCCUUUUCAUCGUGACGUUAUAUUGAUAUCCAAUUGCUUUAUAGUGUGAUACUAGUUCGCUUUUGUCAAUACAGCUAACCCUAGUAGUUAGUGUUGACAAGGACUUACUUGAAAUGGCCGUUCCGCAGGACAUUUAAAAUAUUUUGUAAUCAGUUUAUUGGAACAGUAUCCAAAUAUUGUAAUAAUCACUCCGUUUUUGCUUUCCUUGUUAUAUUGCGCUUCGGUAUACCAGCUGUCAGAGAACAGCAAUAUAACGGUUUACAGAUCACGGAAAUAUAAUGUCUGUCAGAGAACAGCAAUAUGAUGCCUAAUAUAUCACAGAAAUAUAAUGUCUGUCAUUCAGAGAACGAAAAUAUAUAAGCAGUAAGUAAAAGGAAAUAGAUUGACUGACACUGAAAGUAGAAUGGCUUACUGUUAAAAUGAGUUGACUGGCUGUAAGAAUAGAUGUUUGCUGAAGGUGAAAACAGAUUGGCUGUGAAAGUGAAAGUAGAUUAAUUGACAUAUAUAAAAGUGAUGGACUUGCAGUGACACUAGAUUGACAGUUAGUGCAAAAGGAUUGACUGACAAUAAAAAUAGAUUGACAAAUAAUGGAAAUAGUUUGACUGACAGCUAGUGAAAAUAGAUUGACUGACAGCUAGUGAAAAUGAUGGACUGAUAAUGAAAUUAGACUAACUGUUAAUGAAAUAAUGAAAUAUAUUGCCUGACAUUGAAAAUAGAUUGACUGACAUUUAAAAUAGAUUGACUGACAAAGGAAAUCAGUUGAUUGACAGGUUGUCUGUCACUGCAAAUAGAUUGACUGACAGUUAAUCGAAAUAGAUCAACUGAUUUAGUGACCAAAUAUUGACUGACAGUUAGUAAAAAAUAGUUUGACUGACAAUUAGUAAAAGAUAGAUUGACUGACAGUUAGUAAAAGAUAGUUUGACUGGCAGUUAGUAAAAGAUAGAUUGACUGACUGUUAGUAAAAGAUAGUUUGACUGACAGUUAGUUAAGAUAUAUUGACUGACAGUUAGUAAAAGAUAGAUUGACUGACAGUUAGUAAAAGAUAUAUUGACUGACAGUUAGUAAAAGAUAGAUUGACUGACAGUUAGUAAAAGAUAUAUUGACUGACAGUUAGUAAAAGAUAUAUUGACUGACAGUUAGUAAAAGAUAGAUUGACUGACAGUUAGUAAAAGAUAGAUUGACUGACAGUAUACAAUAGAUCGACUGACAGUAGUAAAAGAUAGAUCGACUGACAGUAAACAAUAGAUCGACUGACAGUUAGUAAAAGAUAGUUUGACUGACAGUUAGUAAAAGAUAGAUUGACAGACAGUUAGUAAAUGAUAGAUUGACUGACAGUGAGUAAAAGGUAGAUUGACUGACAGUUAGUAAAAGAUGGAUCGACCGACAGUUAGUAAAAGAUGGAUCGACCGACAGUAAGUAAAUGAUAGAUUGACUGACAGUUAGUAAAAGAUAGAUUGACUGACAGUUAGUAAAAGAUAGAUCGACUGACAGUUAGUAAAAGAUAGAUUGACUGACAGUAUACAAUAGAUCGACUGACAGUUAGUAAAAGAUAGAUUGACUGACAGUUAGUAAAAGAUAGAUUGACUGACAGUUAGUAAAAGAUAGAUUGGCUGACAGUAAACAAUAGAACGAUUGACAGUAAAAGAUAGAUUGGCUGACAGUAAACAAUAGAUCGAUUGACAGUAAAAGAUAGAUUGACAGACAGUAAACAAUAGAUCGAUUGACAGUAAAAGACAGAUUGGCUGACAAUUAUUUGAAAUAUAUUAACUGACGAUUAGUGAGAAUAGAUCGACAAACACAUAAGUUAUAUUGUGAAAGAGAUUGACUGCAAGAUAAAAUGAGAUUGACAUCCUUUUAAUUGAAACAUUGUUGACGUGAAUAUAGAUACUUUCAUAUCAUAAACAUAUCAUACCCAAAGUAAAAAGUGUUUAACCUUUAAUCAGAUACAUAUCUUGUCAACUAAGAUGCAUGCCUAAAUUUCCACAGAAACGUUUGUAGUUACGCCAAAUGAAUGAACAUGUCUUGUCUUUCAUUAGAAAUUUUAACUUAUGAGUAAAUGAUUGAUUGAAGUUCGUGACUAUAUUUGAUAGGGAACUAAUGGUGAAUUUGUGUGUAAUUGUAUGUCAACAUCUUGACGUAGUCAGUAAUAACAUUUAGGCGUUUAUGACGACAUAUUGACUUAGUCAGUAAUAAUAUAAAUUUAUGUCGACAUCUUGACUUAGUAAUACUAUUUGGAAGUUUAUGUCGACAUCUUGACUUAGUCAGUAAUAGUAUUUGGAAGUUUAUGUCGACAUCUUGACUUAGUCAGAAAUAAUAUUUUGAAGUUCAUGACGACAUCUUGACUUAGUCAGUGAUAAUAAUUGGAAGAUUAUGACGACAUCUUGACUUAGUCAGUAAUAGUAUUUGGAAAUUUAUGACGACAUCUUGACUUAGUCAGUAAUAGUAUUUGGAAAUUUAUGACGACAUCUUGACUUUGUCAGUAAUAAUAUUUGGAAGUUUAGGACGAUAUAUUCACUUAGUCAGUGAUAAUAAUUGGAAGUUAAUGACGAUAUAUUAACUUAGUCAGUAAUAUUAUUUGGAAGUUUAUGACAACAUCUUGACUUAGUAAUAAUAAUUGGAAGUUUAUGACGAUAUAAUGACUUAGUCAGUAAUAUUAUUUGGAAGUUUAUGACAAUAUAUUGACUUAGUAAUAAUAAUUGGAAGUUUAUGACAACAUCUUGACUUAGUCAGUAAUAGUAAUUGGAAGUUAAUGACGAUAUAUUAACUUAGUCAGUAAUUGUCUUUGUAAGUUUUUAAUGACAUCUUGACUCAGCGAGUGAGAAUGUUUGUAUUAAGUCGACAAUGAUAUCCUGACAUUGUCAGUAACUAUGUAUUUAAGCUAAGGAUGACAUCAUGAGCUAGUAAUUAUGUUUGCAUGUAAGCCAAUGACGAUAUCCUGACUUAGUCAGUAACUAUGUAUUAAGCUAAGGAUGACAUCAUGAGCUAGUAAUUAUAUCUGUCGGUAAGCAAAUGACGAUAUCCUGACUUAAUCAGUAACUAUGUAUUAAGCUAAGGAUGACAUCAUGAGCUAGUAAUUAUAUCUGUCGGUAAGCAAAUGACGAUAUCCUGACUUAAUCAAUAACUAUGUCUUUUAGCUAAUAAUGACAACCUGAUAUAGAAACUAUGUUUGACUGUAUGCUAAUGAUAAUUUUCUGACCUAGUCAGUAACUAUACUAUGAUUGUCAGCUAAUGACGACGUCCUGGCUCGGUUCCUGUGUUAGUAAGUGAUGCCAUAAUGACCUGGUCAGUAACUAUGUUUGUGUGUAAGGUAAUGAUCAAAAUAUGACUUAGUUGUCUGUAAGGUUAUGUUCGCAUCAUGCCUUAGACAUGAAAUCUUAUUGAGCGUAAGCUAAUGAUGACAUUCGUACUUAGGAAAUGUAUUGGACUUUGUGCUAUGUGUCAUAGGCAUAGUUAACAUGUAUCACAUAUAUUGAAAAAGUCAGAGUGUGUGUCCUUUCCUAUAAAUUCGAAAAUAUAUACUGAAAAAUUCAAUGCAUAUAUAUAUACUAUACUACAUGUCUUGUCAAUGUCAAUAGAUUUGUUUCGCCUGCUAAUAGAAAACAUUGGCACAGUCUAUACAGUAUAUAUAUCAACAGCGAAAAGGUUUAACCAUCAAGUUAAUGAUAUUGUUAUAUUGAUAGGCUGAUGAGUAUGUAGCGCUUACAGGCUGUUGGUCAUGCCUUCGCCUCGUCAUGCCUUGGUUAAAAACUUUGUAUAUGCUUAUAAACACCUGUUAGCUGUAAAAUGAUUACAUAUCAUGUUAAAUGUCGUGGUUGUACGCUAAUUGAAUAUGUAUCUUCACAUCAACUAAAUAACGUAUUAAGCAGAAGGUAAAUAGAAUAUUUUACUGACUCUAAUCUUAGGGACAUUACUUUAAACUAUAUUGAUAUCUUGAUUUUAAUUUAAAUCGCCAACUUCACCAUGUAACAUAAAUUAAUGGAUAUGCCGGGUUAUAAUAAGGAAUUGCAUGGCAUGCAUGUGAUAUUGGUGAGUUAUUAAAUACCCUUACUGUAAUCUAGCUUGACUGUGUUACCUAAUUUAUCAUUUAAGCGGUAUGUGAUGCGUUAAUAGCACGACUAGGGUUGACUUAAUUGGGUAAGGAUCAGAGUUAAAUAGGGUUAAACCCAAACCCAAUAUAUACUCCGAGUUAUUCGAUAUGUAUUGAUAGAUUUAAACAAUGCACAUAGUUUGGCUAAAAACAAUGGAUAAUUCAUAGCAAAUGAUAAUCUAACAUUUCGAUAAUAAUGACAAUAGACAUUCCUGUUAGCGGACUAUACAUAUCGACAGCCUGUGUGUUUACUAAUUCUUUAAGUUGUAUUACUAUAAAACAACGUAUCACUCAUCUCAUAUAACCUUGACAUACGUCGGUAAACCUUAUAACCUUUGUUUAAUCAAAUAAACUGUUUAAAGCAU